GUAGAAACAUAUACUCUAUUACAUUCUGUCUUUCUGCAUGGUAGGUUAAAAGUAAACAGAGCCAGGAUGCUGUUGGCCUUUCUUCUUGUGUCCUCUGGGUGUUUCCUGGACCUGGCGGUGUGCACUGCAGCACAAUCUGAACUGAGAAUCACAACUAUAAAGCAAGAGCCAUAUACAAUGUCAAAAGGAAGUCAGCUGGAAGGCUUCUGCAUGGACCUGCUCUCUGAAGUGGCCAAGAAAGUAGGAUUCAAGUACAAAGUGAAACUGGUAAAGGACAGCUCCUACGGUCGGCAGGAUGAGAGCGGGAACUGGAAUGGAAUGAUUGGAGAGGUGUUGAGAGGGGAGGCAGAUCUUGCUAUUGCUCCGCUGACUCUGACUGCAGCUCGAGAAAAAGUUGUGGGCAUGACUAAACCCUUCAUGCAGACAGGGAUAAGCAUCCUGCUGAGGAAGGACAUCUCAGAGGGUGCAGGUUUCUUUGACUUCCUGACCCCUUUUGCACCAGAAACCUGGAUCGGUAUACUCAUCGCCUACAUUGGUACUGCUGCCAGCAUCUUUAUAGCUGCCAGAUUAAGCCCAUCUGAGUGGAGUGAGGCUCAGAGUGAGAGAAACAGAUUCAGUUUCCUCUACAGCUUGUGGUACACAGCUGGAGCUCUAACUUUACAAGGUGCUGGUCCUCAUCCUAAAGCCCUUUCAGGACGUGUCAUCUGCAGCUGCUGGUGGUUAUUCUCUGUCGUCUUACUGGCUUGUUACUUCUCCAACCUCAGCUCCUUCAAAACUCCAGAGUCCAGUCACCUAACCGUGAAAGGUUUUGAGGACUUGGCCAAUCAGGAAACAAUCCAGUAUGGCUGCCUGGCUGGUUCUUCCACUCUUGCUUUCUUUAAGAAUUCAAACAACCCAGUGUACCGCAGAAUCUACGAACACAUGGAGAGGGCGCAGAGUUUUGUGUCGUCUAUGGAUGAGGGGGUCAAUCGGGCAAAAGAGGGAAACUUUGCCUUUAUUGGGGAGUCUGUUUCUCUGGACUUGGCUGUAGCACGCCAUUGUGAGCUGGUGAGAGUGCAUGAGGUCAUUGGCAUGAGGGGAUACAGCAUUGCUGCCCCCCUAGGUUCCCCGAUCAUAAAGAACCUAAGUGUGGCGAUCCUUCAGCUCAGCGAGGCGGGUGAGCUGGCCUAUCUGCGGAGCAAGUGGUGGGCGAGCAGCUGCAUAGCAGACAAGGCCAAACCAGCAGCUGUGCAGCCACACAGCCUGAAGGGGAUGUUCCUGGUGCUUGCUCUGGGGCUGGGGUUGGGGACCCUUGUGGCUGUUCUGGAGCUUACCUUUAAGAGCCGCAGAAAGGCAGCAGAACAGCAGAAGUCUUGCUGCACCGUCCUGACCGAGGAGCUUAGUCUGCGGCUGAAGAACAGAGGUGCUAACAAACCCCAGGAAAAUGCGGACAAAGAAAAAGCUUAGAAACUUUUUCACUUUCUAGUCUGGUUCCUUUUUAAAUAAACCAGACUUAGUUUUUCUAGGUUUUUAGAUAUACUACUUGAAUUCUAUUUAAAACAAAAUCUUUUAACCCAUAAAACAUAUAGUUUUGUGUGUUUUAAACUGUAAAGGAAAAAAAAUCACUGUUGGUUUUUUACAACAAAAUAACGUUUAAUCCAAGUUAACAAUUAAAAUCUGACACUAUGACUCACAUAUAAAGCUUGGUUUUUAAUCUAACAUAUUGCAAGCAUUUCUGUACAGUUGGCAGCAGCAUCUUUAGAUUUC